AUGCAGACAACAGACGACGAAUUUAGCGCGCUCAAAUGCCGCUACGCCAGCAAACGCUGCUGGAACCUCCGUGCCAUCAAGCGCAAUGGCGAGCGCCACAACUUGUGUGAGAUGCACCGUCAAAAAGCCAACAGUAACCAACGUCGUCUUGACAAGAAGCGUAAAGCUGGACAAGCUGCUCUUGGUAUCCCGACCCACUUGCCACUGCAUGCCGGCGCCGACCUCGAGCGUCGUAUGCGUAUGCGUGCCUCCAUUGCACUUAAACUAGAGCAGGAGCUGGGCGUCCUGCCCCUCACGACCCAAUAUAUCCGACCACCACCACGAGCCACCGCAUCUCUUAUAGAGCUCCAGCGAGCAGCAGGCCUUAUGGCUAUGGGAAACCCACACAACAGUCACCUGACGUACAACAGCAAAAUGGAGUCAUGGCGUGAGACAAGUCGAUUGUCACCUGCUGCAUGGAUGGAUGCAGCGUACCCAAAAAGUCCUCGUGCAAUGCUUCGUGUGGCAGCGAUGGCCAAGAUGGUACCAGCCUCAGACUCCCGCGGGUUCACUCAUCGUAAGCCGUUAACCCCUCCAAAGGUAGAACCUAUUGACAUGACUCCAUCCAUUCUACUGCCGCCAAUUGCUACGGCAAUGGCAAGAUCGGGAGAAGGAUUCAGGACCACCGUGACACUACAACGUUCUUCAUGGCAACCGAACGUCCGACGAGCUCCAACACUCGUCACCCGCGCCAACAUUUAG